AUGUUGCUCCAUAUUGUUGUGUUGCUUUCUCUCUUUUCCUCUACUUUUGCUACAAAUGCACCUCAAAACACUUUGAUUCAAUGUCUCAUUAACAAUUCUGAACCAUCAAACCGAAUAAUUGAAUCAAUUUUCACACAAAAUAGUCCUUCAUUUCCUUCAAUCUUACAAGCCUACAUAAGAAACCUUCGUUUCAACACCACAAAAACACCAAAACCAUUUCUCAUAGUCACUCCAUCACAUGUUUCACACAUACAAUCAUCAAUUAUUUGUGGUAAAAAGCACAAACUUGAAAUGAAAAUUCGAAGUGGAGGACAUGACUAUGAAGGUGUGUCAUAUGUGUCAAAGGUACCAUUUUUCAUCUUAGACAUGUUCAAUCUUAGAUCCAUUGAAGUUGACAUAGAAAAUGAAACAGCUUGGAUUCAAACCGGUGCAACACUCGGUGAAGUUUACUACAAAAUUGCUGAGAAAAGUAAAAUCCAUGGUUAUCCGGCCGGCGUUUGUGCAACUGUUGGCGUAGGAGGACAUGUUAGUGGUGGCGGUUAUGGCAAUUUGAUGAGAAAAUAUGGUACUUCUUCUGAUAAUGUUAUUGAUGCACAAAUAAUAGAUGCUAAAGGUAGAUUACUUGAUAGAGAAGCAAUGGGAGAAGAUCUUUUUUGGGCUAUAAGAGGAGGUGGUGGAGCUAACUUCGGUGUUGUUCUUUCUUACAAAAUAAAACUAGUUAAGGUUCCUAAGAUAGUAACUGUUUUUGAAGUUAAAAGAACUUUGGAACAAAAUGCAAGUGACAUAGUUUAUAAUUGGCAAAAUGUAGCACCAACUACAAGUAAUGAUCUUUUCAUUAGGCUUAUAUUGGAAGUUGUAAAAGAUGCAAAAAAUGGUGAGAAAACUAUAAGGGCUAGUUUUAUAGCUUUAUUUCUUGGUGACACAAAAACUCUUGUUACAUUAAUGGAUGAAACUUUUCCUCAAUUGGGUUUAAAGGAAGAGGAUUGCAUUGAAACAAGUUGGCUUCAAUCUAUUCUUUUUUGGGACAACAUAGAUAUUGAUACACCACUUGAGAUUUUGCUUGAGAGACAACCUCACUUGCUUAGAUACUUGAAGAGAAAAUCAGAUUAUGUAAAGGAACCGAUUUCGAAAGAGGGUUUAGAAGGGAUUUGGAAAAAGAUGAUUGAUUUGGAAAAAGGUGUAAUGUUGUUCAAUCCUUAUGGUGGAAAAAUGGAUGAGAUUUCACCAACAGAAACUCCUUUACCUCAUAGAGCUGAAAAUUUAUGGAAGAUUCAAUAUCAAGCAAAUUGGAAUGAGGAAGGGGAAGAGGUAACAUUUUAUCAUAUAAAUGUUACAAGAGAACUUUAUAAGUAUAUGACACCUUUUGUGUCAAAAAAUCCAAGACAAGCUUAUCUUAAUUAUAAGGAUCUUGAUUUAGGUGUUAAUCAUCAUGGUUUAUUUAGUAGGUACUCACAAGGUAGUGUUUAUGGAAUUCAAUAUUUUAAGGAUAAUUUUGAUAGGUUGGUGGAAAUUAAGACUAAGGUUGAUCCUCAUAAUUUCUUUAGGAAUGAACAAAGCAUUCCUGUGUAUGGACAUGUGGAUAGAGUUAGAAGGGUGUUUGAGAAAUCUUUGAUUUCUAUUUUUGUGUGUUUGGUAGUUAAUUGGAUUUGGAACAUGUCACAAGGUCAUGGUGCAAAGAAAGAGUAA